AUGGCUGAUAAACUGACACCAGAUCAGAAAAAGAAGUUGAUGAUCAACUAUCUGCCGAGAUCAGUAGAGGUCAACCAGUUGAAAGGAAUGUUUGAAAAGUUUGGCGAAGUUGCUAAUGCCCACAUUGUCAAAAAUACAGCAACCAAUGAAUCCAAAGGCUAUGGCUUCAUCACCUUUGAAGAUGAGAACUCUGCUGUGGGUGCCAUCAUUGAGCUGAACGGACAUCAGAUGGAGGACAAGAGAUUGAGAGUGGCCUACUCCACUCCAAUAGAUGAUACCAACCGAUCAAAAGCCGCACCUGCUGCCUCUAAUGAUGAUGUGAAUGUCUAUAUUGCCAAUCUGCCAAAGACCUGGGAUGAAAAAGAGCUGACAGCUAGAUUCGAAACCUAUGGACCAGUGAAACAUUGUAAGAUCUUAAGAGACGUUUCAGGUGCAAGCAGGGGAGCUGGCUUUGUUCGCUACGAGACUUCCAAGAUGGCUGCUGCAGCUAUCCUUGACAUGGAUGACAGAUGCCCUGAGGGAGGAUCUUUACCACUUAUUGUUAAGAUUGCUGAUGGAAAAAAGAAGGAGAAACCAGUAGCCGCAAGCAUCAACCACAGUGGCCUUCCUGGUCUUGUACUCAACCACAACCCUUCAACCGCUAGUGCAUUGCAAGCAAUGACAGCUGUUCCCCCCUCAAACAACGGGUACACUCAACAUUCUCACAACGUUGACCACCGUUACAACCCUUACAGCAAGCCUCCAUCUCACUCUCAGACACCACCACCAAGUGCAUAUUCUCACCCUGGUGCAUAUCCUCCUAUUGGAUCUAGCUACUCAUCACCUGCACCCUCUGGAUCUCACUCAAAUCCAAACCCAUACUCAGCACCAAGUCCUUACAACAGCACACCACCACAGCACUCUGCACCCUCCAACACUGUCAUUCCAGGUUACAACCCUCCCCCUCACUCUCACCCCAUGAUGGCACCUUCUUCCAUGGCACCAGGUCCAGGUCCAGUUCCUGCAGCUGCUAUUAACAACAAGAACAACCAUUACUGUAUCUACAUUGGCAAUCUACCAGAAACUACCUGUAAGAGUUGCCUGCUAUACCAGUUGUUCUCGCCUUAUGGUGCAAUUGCUAAUGUUAAGCCCAUGAGCAAUGUUAAGCCUGAUGGUGGAAACGACCAUUGGUUUGCUUUUGUUAAUUUCAAGAGCCAUGCCGAUGCAGCUACCGCCAUCCAAUCAUUGAAUGGUUCUACUCUGAAUGGAAGAAGCCUCAAGGUUGACUUCAAGACCGAAAAACGAAAGUAGUCCUAUCUAAACAUUACCGAGUAUUAGUUUGUCGUUCUUUACACGAGACAAAAAUUUUUACUUUAAAGAGCUUUUAGUGCAAAUCUGCACUGAUUAUAAUUUCAAAUUCAACCUCUUUACCUGUGCAUGACCUCAAGAUGUAAAAUUUUCAUUCGAGUGUUUGUUAAUUUUCAGCAAUAUUAGGACUAGCUCCUUUUCUUGGCAAACUCUCCCUGUUUCUGAUUUUUAAUGUAACUGUUGAAGGACAUUACUUUGCAAACUGCCGGUUUUUGCCGGCAUCAUUUUAGAUAUUUAUAUUAUGAGCUUCGGAAAUUUUCCAUUACUUUUAUUUUUGGAGGUAGUUUGUGCUUUAUUUCGCAGAGUUAAAAGUUUUGAUUUAAUCCGAAUAUUUAUGAAACUAAAUUGCAUUGAGUACCGCUAGCUUAUAUGUUCCUAUUUGAGUUUUCUCAACAUUUAUUAACAUGAGUGUUGUAAAAUGUUCCCCUGUCUGGCUUUGCUGAAUUUAUUGAUAUUCGUUUAUAUUAUAAUAUGUCGGAUACCAUGCCACGAACUAAAAUUUACCUUGAUUCUAGUUUUA